UUCCGAGGAAGCCAGGGCCGGACCCGGCGGGGCCGGCGACAUGGAACCGCUUUACCAGCAAACGCACAAGCAGGUCCACGAGAUCCAGUCUCACAUGGGACGCCUGGAGACGGCAGACAAGCAGUCUCUGCACUUAGUAGAGAAUGAAAUCCAAGCAAGCAUAGACCAGAUAUUCAGCCAUCUAGAACGUCUGGAGAUUUUGUCCAGCAAGGAGCCCCCUAACAAAAGACAGAAUGCCAAACUUCGUGUUGACCAGUUAAAGUAUGACGUACAGCACCUGCAGACCGCUCUCCGAAACUUCCAGCAUCGGCGAUACGCAAGGGAACAGCAGGAGAGACAGCGAGAGGAGCUUCUGUCUCGCACAUUCACCACCAACGACUCUGACACCACCAUCCCAAUGGAUGAGUCGCUGCAGUUCAACUCCUCCCUCCAGAAAAUUCACCACGGCAUGGAUGACCUCAUUGGAGGAGGGCACAGUAUUCUGGAGGGACUGAGGGCCCAGAGACUGACCUUGAAGGGGACUCAGAAGAAGAUCCUCGACAUUGCCAACAUGCUGGGCUUGUCCAACACAGUGAUGCGGCUCAUUGAGAAGCGGGCUUUCCAGGACAAGUACUUCAUGAUCGGUGGGAUGCUGCUCACGUGUGUGGUCAUGUUCCUCGUGGUGCAGUACCUGACGUGAACCAGUUACACCCCGUGGCUGCGCAUCGCUCCCACCGUGUGAGGGUCCGUGUGAGAGUGUGUGCGAGAGCGAGACGGGGGGCCCGGAGGCUGCCUUCCGCAAUGUAUGCCCUUCUUCACUGUGAAGACCACUUGCAAGUCAUUGUGAUCUGUAACCUCGUGGAGGUUUCAAACCUGCUCUGUUUUCUGUGAUACCUCGGAGGGGGAAGUGAGUGCCACCAAGACGCACGGUCCUUAGGAAAUGAAAGAAGUACCCAUUCUCUCUCUCUCUUUCUUGCCCUCACUGGGGGGAGGAAGUGACAUAAGGGGAAGGGGUGAAGAAGGAAGGAGGAGGGAAAGGAUGGCUUUGUUGGUUUUGUCCGUGUAGCUGACGUGCACCCUGGGAAGGCUUUCGUCAUGAGCCCUGCAGAUAGGACUGUCUACUUUGGCUUCACCUGGCCGUUCUGGCUCUUAAUGGGUAGGUUAGAGCAGAAGCAAAACAAAGGAGGGGAAAGAGGUCUUCUUUCCCUGCGUCAUUAUAGCACAUGAAUUUCCCUGCCCUUGCUACUAGCUCCCCUCACCCCUCGGCGACAUGCAGAUGACUAACUGCCAAUAUUUGUCACCCUUUCCUUGGAAGCAGCCACCUAGAGGAGACAGAGGCACUGAUGUUAUUGAAGACAGCAAGUAAGAUUUUCCACAUUACAGUGGUUCUGUGUCGGUCCUUUAUAAAGUGAGGCCAGUGUUAUUCCCUGAGAAUGUUCGGUGUUGAGACCGAAGACCCUAAUCACUGAUUUUUUUUUUUUUUUCCCUCUUUCCCCAGAGGUUAAUAGAAUGGGUGGCUUUGUAGUUCCCAGGACUGUAGCCUGGCGUCCCGCCCAGGCUCUGAGGGGCGUCUGCCCCCAAGAAAGUCACUUUGCGCCAAGGUUAGUGUUGGGUCCAUUAGGGCAUCUUUUCUAGUUUUAACGUCUCUGAUUCUCUGGCUCUCUUCCCUUCCCUGAAAUCUAGCAGCUGCCAGCCAGGCCCCCAUUCUUCCCAGCUGGUGUGGGCAGGAGCCACCGUGGAGACGUCCCUCGUGUCCUGUAGAGUCUCUUUUGUCAGGGACUGGGACCCUUUUCCUUCUCUGACCAAGCCCGGAUCAGGGCUAUACCAGUACCUGGUGCAGUGUGGAACUGUUGGUAAAGGCAGCCUCUGUGUCGUGGCCAGGUGCUGUAGGCGCUGGAAGGACCCGGUCAGCAUGUGUUUUCACCUGUCACAGGCCCUACCCCACCCUGGGCUCAGUAGCCUUAUGGCAGGACAUCAAAUAACACUCGGCAUUUCCCAGAACUGGAACCUUGGUCAGUAUUAACUGUGCCUGGGCUUGUCCUGCCCCACCUGCGUCCCGUGUUUGUUUUUUGUCACCGGGAUGGUCAUCUGUCUUGUCUUCCUUUUCUGUGUGUGUUCCAGUCCGCCUCUCUUCUUUACCUCCCCCUGUUUCUGCAGCAGUGUUGGUCCUCCAGGCAUACCUUCUGGCGAGUGUGUCUUCGUUAUCAUAGAUUUUUAACAUGAGUUUUCCCUGAUUUCACACUUGGGCUCUUUAUUGCUCUUACCCCUCUUCGCUAAGCAGGGGCCCUGGAUGUCGGAAGAAGGGGGAACCUGUGGGUUGCGAGCCCUGCCAGAGUGAGAGUGGUGGCCUGGAGGGUAGACAGAAGAGUCUGAGCGUCUUUAGACCUAGGUCUGACUUCGGGGAGGUGAAAUUUCCAGCACGCCCAGCACCCCGGCCCACGCAGGGAUCUUUAGCAAUCCAUAAAAAGGGUUCCAUAAAGUGGAUAUUUAAACUGCACAGACCUGGUCGUCCUGUUCCCUGGGCAUCUGAGGAUCCUGCCAAAGAGCAGCCUUGAGAGGAGGGUGCAUGAGGAACAACGAAGUCCCGCGGACCCGCACUCAGGACAGGGGUGGGGCGCGGAAACUCCCCCGGCACCCCACCCUGCAGUGCUGAUGUGACCGAUCUGUUUGUAGUGUGCACCAGCGGGUUUCCACACCUGCCUCUCCAGUGAGUAUAGGUCUGGGUGAACCAGAAGUAAGGCUUUCUGUCCUGCUGUACUUUGAGAGCCGCUCUCCCUACUUUGUAAUAAAAGUUAGGAAGGCAGUUCAUGGGUCUUUACCGCCUGGGGCUAAGGAACAGCAAUCACAGCGUUUCUGGAGACCCAGGGGCCCUGAGAUGGCACAAGCUGGCUUUCAGAGUCCUGCGAGAAACACACCUUGGCCUAACUGGAUGCUCCUGUCUCCGCAGCACCAAACCGCCCCCUCCCCCCCAAACCCAGGGAAGGGUUCCAGGCCAGGGAAGGAGCACCCUCUAGUGGAGCUGGGGUGAAGUCUGAAGUCAGGCAGGUGCGAGAAUGUCCAGGGGACAGCGUCUUUGACCUUGUACAGGAUUUGGAUGUGCCCGUGGCACUUGAAGACAGGUGGGUUGUCAAAGAACUUGGGAUUAUCUUCAUUCCGUGGAGCGACCACCUUAAGAAAAACCAAACUCAAAGACCCAAGUAAGUAGGAGAGUCUUGAUUUUUAGAUGAGACUUCCCUGCUGGGAUUUCCCGAAAAGUCUUUUGCACUCAUGGGAUUUAGGUCGGUUUGAUUUGCACAUUUGGAUUCACACCUGUUGUUUUUGAAACACGUCAGUUAAAUAAAGUUGAGAUUGUUAGUUUACUUAGAAAAUUACCUUUUGUAACUAAUGACCCUUUUUUAAUAGUUUCCAGGCUAGAGAUUCUCAAACACUGCUCCAUGGCUGGGGCCUAGGCUGGCUGCCUUAGAAGCAGCUAGAAAACUUUUCUGAAAUGAUAGAUUCCUGGGGCCUAUCCCAAACCUUUUCAAGUAGAGUGUUUUUUAAGCCUCGAAGUUAGUUCUGAUGUGUGUAUUUUGGAACCACUGUCUUUUAGACACAAAGCAUUUGUCUUAAUCAAAGAUGAUCUCAUUUGAAAAUAAAUGCUGAACUAGGUGGGCAUAUAUGUGUAAAGAGCAAAACCUAUCAAGUCCAAAAUAAAGUCUCAUUUGUUUA